AUGACUAACCGGAAUCAUUACAAGUGCAGUGCGAAUUAUCCUGUGUUCCCAAACCGCCGACCUGCUAAACUCCAUGCACUGCAAAUUCCGCCACCAACCCAACUUGCCAAUCCGAUUUCCAUCCUAGCUGGCGCCGACCAAGUGACGAAUUCGGUGACUGUAGAAUUGCAAGAUGGAGGUAUUGCGAGAAGUGAGCUGAUCGAUGAUGAAGCGCUGGAACUGCUACUACUGGAAGCAGAAGAACUGCUACUACUGGAAGCAGAAGAACUACUACUGCUGGAUGCAGAAGAGCUGCUUGAGGAAGAAGAACUGCUGGAGGAAAUGGAAGCCGUUGCUGAAGCGAGUGCGGCCGAGGAUGAAAUUGAAGAUGACGCUGAUGAAGAAACACUGGACGACGAUGAGGAGGAAAGGCUAGAACUACUUGAGGAGGACGCGCUGCUGGACGAUGAACUGGAUGAAGAAGAACUGCUGGACGAUGUAACAACGCGUGCGAAUCCGCUCAAGGACGAAGAUGCCGAGGACGAAACCGACGACGAAACGCUGGAACUGCUUGACGACGAAAGACUUGAGCUUACGCUCGAGGAAACGCUACUCGACGCGGAGGAGCUGCUUGAUGAUGAAGAACUGCUAGAAGCCGAUCCUGACGACGAUGAAGAUCUGCUGGAGCUGCUUGAUGACGAAAGGCUCGAACUAGUUGAGGAGGAUACCGAGGACGAAAGGCUCGAACUUCGUGAUGACGACGAACUUGAACUGCUGGACGAGGAUAAACUUAAGCUGCUACUGACGGAUGCAGAUGUACUACUGCUUGAUGAUGAAGAAAGGCUGGAACUUCGUGAUGAUGAUGAACUGGAACUGCUCGAUGACGAUAGGCUGGAGCUACUUGAAGAGGACAGGCUGGAGCUGCUCGAUGAGGAAAGGCUGGAACUACUUGACGACGAUACGCUGGAGCUUGAUGAAGAUAUGUUGGAUGAGGUUGCGGUGACGGAGAAAGUUAUGUAG